AUAUUAGUGCUAGCCAGUGCCAGUGCGUCAGCCGAUCAUAUAGAGUGUGUAUAUAAUCUGCCAAACGUGUAUCUAUGAUUACUCAAGUUCGUAUGCUUCUACGAUUCCCGCUUUUACGUUCUGUCAGUUUUCGUGACUUUUUAAUCUUCGAGCGAACAACGAAGCAACAAGACCUUAUAGAUAAGUGCUCAUUAACGAACAAGUCAUGGGGGACGCAGCGAUGAACGUCGCAGUGUCCGGUGGCGGUAGUCAGCGUGUCGUCAAAGAAGGCUGGCUUCAAAAACGCGGAGAACAUAUAAAGAAUUGGAGAUCAAGAUAUUUCGUCCUCAGAGAUGAUGGUACUUUGGUCGGUUUCAAAGCUAAGCCAGAUCAACAAAUGGCAGCUACAGCUCAACCAUUAAAUAAUUUCACAGUACGUGGAUGUCAAAUAAUGUCUGUGGAUAGACCUAAACCAUAUACAUUUGUGAUCAGGGGUCUACAAUGGACAACCGUGAUCGAAAGGACUUUUCAUGUAGAAACGGAACAGGAAAGAGAAGACUGGGUAGCAGCAAUUAGGUAUGUAGCCGAUAGAUUAGAGAAUGAAGAACAACAACAACAACAGCCACAAAUGCAACAAUCUUCUUCAUCAGAAGAUAUCGAUAUGGAAUCUAUGGGAGGUGGGAGGUCAGAUUCAUGUGGAUCUCUUAGUGUAGUCUCUGCAGACAUUGAUGGCGGCAGUAUCGAUGAAUUAUCUGCUAAGUUCAGUGUACAGGGAACUUCAAGUAGUAAAAGUAGUGGCAAGAAGAAAGUAACUCUUGAAAAUUUUGAAUUCUUAAAAGUUCUAGGAAAAGGUACAUUUGGAAAAGUAAUUUUGUGUAGAGAAAAAGCAACAGGACAUUUAUAUGCUAUUAAAAUUUUAAGAAAAGAAGUUAUCAUUCGUAAAGAUGAAGUUGCACACACGCUCACAGAGAAUAGAGUUUUACGUACUACAAGCCAUCCUUUUUUAAUUUCUUUAAAAUAUAGUUUCCAAACGGCAGACAGACUAUGCUUUGUAAUGGAAUAUGUAAAUGGCGGAGAAUUAUUUUUUCACUUAAGUCGAUCUCGUAUAUUUACUGAAGAUCGUACUCGAUUUUAUGGAGCUGAAAUAAUUUCAGCAUUGGGCUAUCUUCAUUCUCAGGGUAUCAUUUAUCGUGAUUUAAAAUUAGAAAAUCUCCUUUUGGAUAAAGAUGGGCACAUAAAAAUUGCUGAUUUUGGUUUAUGUAAGGAGGAUAUCACAUAUGGGAGAACUACAAAAACAUUUUGUGGGACACCCGAAUAUUUAGCACCUGAGGUACUGGAAGAUAAUGAUUAUGGACGAGCAGUAGAUUGGUGGGGUGUGGGUGUUGUUAUGUAUGAAAUGAUGUGCGGUCGAUUACCUUUUUAUAAUAGAGAUCAUGAAAAACUUUUCACACUUAUUCUAUUAGAAGAAGUAAAAUUUCCCAGAACUAUUAGUAAUGAGGCAAAAGACAUGUUGGGUGGACUUUUAAUUAAAGAUCCCAGUAGAAGAUUGGGUGGUGGACCUAAUGAUGCAAAGGAUAUAAUGAAUCAUGCAUUUUUUUCAUCAAUUGACUGGUCAGAUCUUGUACAGAAAAAAAUACCACCGCCUUUUAAACCACAAGUUACAUCAGAUACCGACACGAGGUAUUUUGAUAGUGAAUUUACCGGCGAAAGUGUUGAACUUACACCUCCUGACCAAGGUUGUUUAGGAAGUGGAGGUGGUUUAAAUUCUAUUGCAGAAGAACAGGAACAUUUUCCUCAGUUUUCUUAUCAAGAAAGCCAUUCUGCUGCAACUUCUUCCAUUGUUUCUAUUAAUCACUGACAAUACCAUAAGGUUUUUGGAUUCUUAUGUUGAAGUGUGUGAUGAAGUGCAUGGAAAAUCAGGUAGAUGUAUAUUUAAGAACUGUCCGAAGCUUAAAUAUUCUUGAAACAUAGAUCAGUCAGAUUUCUGUCGAUUUUUGAUGCUUUUUUGUGCAUCUACUAUAGUUUGACACAUAUCUCCAAUGGUAGAUAAUAUAUCCAUGCAUGCACACAUGUAUACAUAUAAACAUUCACUAAAUUGUACAUGGUAAAUUCAUGUACUGUAAGUACAGAAUUGGGUAUUACUCUUUAUACCUGCGCAUAAAAUCGAACAUUAUAUAAUGAGGAUUUAUCUAUAUUUUAAAACAGUGUAGUUAUUUUAAAUAUGAUCUUCUAACCAUCUAUAACAUGAACAAUGACUCUUCUAUUAUUGAAGACAGCGAUUAUUAUAAUAAUUCUAACUUUGUUUAAUGAAGUGUAAUACUCUACACUUUGCAGCUUUAUUGUCCUUUCAGUAGAAUAAUUAUAUAUAUAUAUAUAUAUAUAUAUAUAUAUUUUAUAUGUAUGUAUAGAGACAACUCCCCUGUUCUUCUUGUUUCAUAAUUUGUCAGUAGAUCGUUGCGUGAAAAAAAUGUUAAGUUUAGCCAAGUUAGAAGCUGAUAUGCUAUCAAAUGGUUUUGCCAUUUUUAAAAUGGAAGUGUAGCUGUAAAUGAUGACAGCUUUAAUUGUAUUAUUGUAUAAAUUUCAAAUUUUAUUACAAUUAUUUGUUGUAAUAUCUAAGAAUAUCAAGAUAAAACAGAAUUUGUUUGCUUCGUGUAAAGCCACCUCCCACAUUUAUGUAUCAUGGUUGAACCAGUAAAUGUAAGAAUCUGAUAAAAAUGCAGAUGGAGAUGUAAAUCACUAUAUAAUUAUAACUAUUAUUAUGAUUAUUUGUAUUAUUACUAUUAUUAUAAUUCUUAUUUUAUUAUAAUAUGGUAUAAUGAUUAUAUAUACAUAUAUUUAUAUUUUAAGAAUUAAAAAAUUAUAUUGUAUAUCCGUAUCAUUUAUUUCUUUCCUUUUAAUUUGUACAUUGUUUUAGCAAUUCUGUAAUUCGUUCUAAACAUCAUUAAUGUUUAUUAAACAUUGGAUUGCAUAAUACAUUUAUUAAUUCUAAUAGAUAUUUACGAGUACAUAUUCGAAAUGAACGCUUAAAAUGUAAUUAGUAUGUAGAAUACUGCAAAUCAUUAGAAGUGAUUUACUUCAUAAUCUUAAUAUUUUCAUUGUACGUACAUCUAUUUUGUACUAUAUAUAUAUAUAUAUAUAUAUAUAUAUAUAUAUAUAUGAGCCGUUUUUUUUUAAAGUGGUAUGAAUCCAACUUUGAAAAAAAAUGAGUUGAAAUUAGUUUCAUGAGAGAAAAAGAGAGAGAGAAAAGUCUCUUUUUUAUAUUUAUAAUAACAAAGUCAAUACAGUACAAUAUCUCACGAAUUGGUCAAAAGAAAUUUGGCUGUUAAAUGGAAUUGCAUAAAUGUUUUUUUUUAUUGAUAUGUCUAUUUGCAACAAUGAAUCAAUUUUUUAUUGUUUUCGCAGAACUAAUUAUGAGAACUCAUGACUUUCUUUAAUUCUAACCUAACUCAAAACUACGAUGUAUUUAUAUAGUACAUUCAGAAUGUUACAACUCAAGAUCAUAUGACAGACAUAUACACCAACAAAACAAAAAUAUAAACAUGGCAUUAAUAUA